AUGACUCCAGUCAGGAGUUUCUCCCUGUGGGGCGGCACCUUCACCACUUCUCGCCCCCUGGUGCUCAAGGCCACAGUGCGUGCAGCCCCACCCCCGCCAGCUCUGGCCUUGCCUCCGCAGGGAAAGUACAGCGUGCGGGGUCCAAGGGUGGCCCUGACCCUCAGCAGCCCUGAAGUGUCAGCCUCUAUAGUCGCUGUCCUGGAGGGCGUGUUCCGGACCCUGGGCUUUGAGAGCUGCCAGAGGAGGGAGGCCUCUGUCCAGGGUUUCCUUGGGGAGCUGGCCUCCUUCCGGGAGCAGCUGGAUGCCCUUGGGGGCCCUGUGGGCUGUGCCUUUGUGGCCUUGGUGGCCCCCAGUGGGCAGCUGGGGCAGCCCCAGCAGCUGGUCCGGGAGCUGAGCCGCUGUGGGGCCCUGUGGGGCUGCCCCAAAGUUUUCCUUCUGCUCUCAAGUGCUCCUGGGGCUGCCCCCCAGCCCGGACCCUUCCUCGCUGGCCUGAGCAAGCUCUGUGGCCGCUUUCCUCACUGGUCUCUGCUGCAGCUGCUAACAGAGGUCUUCUGCAGGACAGCUGCAGAAUCAGAGGCCACCUACUGCCCAGUCUUUCUGAGCUCCUUGCGGGGUGCGCUGUGCCUGGGGGAUGUGGAACCCUGGGGGCCGGAGCCAGAACCCAGCCUUAGUGCUCAGUACGACCUGUCAGGGACCGGGGCCGCCCUCCUGCUGUCCGUGAUCCAUGGCCGGCCCGGGGCCCAGCACGAUGUGGAGGCGUUGGGGACUCUGUGCAGGGCCCUCAGCUUCAAGACCACGCUAAGGGCAGACCCCACAGCCCAGGCUUUCCAGGAGGAGGUGGCCCAGUUCCGGGAGCGGCUAGAUGCCCACAGGGCCCCAGUGAGCUGUGCCCUUGUGGCCCUGAUGGCCCAUGGGGGGCCACAGGGCCAGCUGCUGGGGGCUGACAGGCGGGAGGUACAGCCAGAGGCUCUGGUGCAGGAGCUGAGCCGCUGCAAGGCCCUGCGCGGCUGCCCCAAGAUCUUUCUGCUUCAGGCCUGCCGUGGGGGGCACAGGGAUGCCGGUGUAGGGUCCGCAGGUCUCCCCUGGUUCCGGCGCUGGCUGCGGCCAUCAGCAACCACCCCCUCGCAUGCCGACGUCCUGCAGAUCUAUGCGGAUGCCCAAGGCAACUCCUCCAGGGGCCCCACCGCAGGGAGCUCUGCCCAAGCAGACAUCCUGAUGGUCUAUGCGGCUGCCGAGGGCUGUGUGGCCUAUCGGGAUGAAACAGGCUCAGAUUUUAUCCAGACGCUGGUGGAGGUCUUCAGAGCUGACCCUGCGAGAGAAAUUCUGGAGCUGCUGACUGAGGAUCGUCUAACAACACGCUCCCGGCCCCCGGGGAGAAAAGAAGACUUCACCUUGUUGCUGCCUGGUGGGGGCAGUUCCCGCAAGGCUCUUGAAAACGUCUGCUAAGUGUCGGAAAGGACCAGAUUUUCUUUCUUUUUAGGCGGGAACCGAAGUUACCCUGGGAGACCGCCUCUGCUGGGCCCUUGGGUCUGCACGUCCCAGGCCUGUGGCCGGCGCUUCUGCCAGAGCCCCCAUGUCUCCCUUCAGGACACUCUUAGUCUCAGCAAUCUUCCCUGGUGUUCGCAGGGGACAAGAAACUCAGUUUAUUCGGUACUUAGGUCCAUACACCUUUGUCGCUUUUUGGAAAAAAUUCUUCCCAACUCAGUGCCGCUCUUCGUCUCCAAGGCUGCGGUGAGAAGUGACCACAAUCAGAGGCGUAUUUUCUCACACUUCCAGAGGCCAAAGCGGAGAGCCGAGGUGCCAGCGGCCACCUUUCCCGCUCUCUAAAGGCUCCAGGGAAGAAGCCCUCCUUGCCUCUGCCCGCUGCUGGUGGCUCUGGCCAAGCCCAAGACUCAUCACUGCGGUCUGGGCCUCCAUUGUCCCGGGGAUUUCUUCCCUCCUCGAGCCUUUGUCUCAUAUAAUCAUGUGAUCUUUUUAUAAGCCCCCUGUCGUUGAGUCAGGGCCCGCCCUACUCCAGGAUGAUCCCACUUUAAUUACAGGUGCGAAGACCCUGCCUUCUGAGGUCCCGGGUGGCCAUUGUGUUAGGCGGACUCCAUUCAACACGAUUUUUUUUUGCGAAACAUGUUAUAUUUCUUAUCGUUUUCUAACUCACGACCUCAAGAUCAGGAGUCAGACACUGUAGCCAUUGAGCCAGCCAGACACCCUACCUUCUUUUUAAAUAAUCAUUCUAGUUCACUGGGAUAUGUGCACUCGGCAGGCCCUGUGCGGCGGCUUCUCCGACCUUGGGACCAGACUGCAGACUGCCCCUCACCGUUCCUCUUCCACAGUGAUGUUCCGGCGCCCCGCGCACAGGUACGGUGGGAAAUCCAACGCUGCAAAAAUAGAGCAUCGUCAAAAGUUGGAAGUCAGUGUUCAGAGACUGUGGUGUCUGAUGGAUGUUGAGUAUUGAUGUUUCUCUCAAAA